AUGGCUCUGACAAUGUUCACACGUUCUGUAAAUAUACGAAAUGUAAUGAAGUUGAACAACAUUAGUGCAGUUGGAGGCACACUAAAUGUCAAGCAACAUUUGAAUGUAUCACAUAAAUCUUACACUGUCUCUGCUGAGAAUAUUAACCAAAUACUUGGUGAUACAUCUGGGAAAAAAUCAGAGAAAGGAAUGAAUAAAGUUAUGAGACUGUAUUUACAGAGAUCUAGAGAAUAUCAGGAAUUCGUGGAAAAAGAAAUAGUUAAAUAUGAUUUAGGAAAACGACAUUUAGCUAAUAUGAUGGGCGAAGAUCCUGAUCAGUUUAGUGAUGAUCAAAUUACUAAAUCAAUAGAAUAUUUGUUACCUUCUGGUUUAUAUGAUUGGCGAGCACGUCCUAUGAUGGUACAUCCAAAUAAAUUAUUUGAAAAAAGGAAAGAAGCACAAUUUGAUGAAAGUGGUAGACCAUUUCAUUUUUUGUUCUAUACAUGCAAACCUAAUUAUUACAGUAUACUUUACGACAUUGCAGACUCAAUAAGAUAUUUAAAUAGAAUAGAAGACAUGAAAAUUGCUACACGUGGAGUACCCUCCAACGAGGACAAAUUUAACGCGGUGGGUACAGAUUGGUUUACAAAAGAGGAACUUGAAUCUAAUAUAAUGGAACUGCUUAAGACAGCAGAUAUGGAAUAUGAUAGCAAUGACAGACCUUUUGUUUUAAUUAAAAACUGUAAGAGGAAAAAUGCACACGGCGAUGUUAAAGUGCUAGGUGAUGGAUCUGGAAAGUUUACUAUUAAUGGACAAGAUCUUACAUACUUUAAGAAUGUCUUACACCGUGAACAGUUGCUUACAGUAUUUGAUAGCUAA